UCUCCAUCUAAAAUAGCAAGAUUAAUACUUGAUCUAAUACUACUAAGCAUUUCUUGGUUGAUUCCCUUCUUUGUGUGAUUAGACAAUGGAGGGCAAGGAUGAUUCAAGCAAUGAAAAACCCUCUCAAGAUGAAAUGUUUGACUUCUGUGGUCCUAUCCACCUCACCAACGUUGAUUGGAGUAUAUCAGAACAUAAAAGAUCUGUAGCAGCAAGUUUGGUUAAAGGAGUAUAUGUUACAGAAAUAGAUCGACAAAAGAAGAGAAGUGGACACAACAAGCUUGCUCCAAAAUGGUGGGAAUUCUUUCACUAUCAACCCGUUAAAACUCUUGAAGACAAAUUUGACUCCUCAAUUUUUGGAAUCAUAUUCCAAUACAAACCUCCUCAAACCAAUUACUCUGCCAUCAAAGAUGUCGCGCAAGCACCUAAAUAUGUGAUUGCAUUUCGUGGCACACUCCUAAAAAAGAAAACUGCAAUUCGCGACUGUUAUUUGGAUGCCAAGAUUGUCCUUAAAGGUUUGGACACUAGCUCUCGAUAUGAAAUGGCAUUCCAUGCCUUAGAGGAAAUACUACUAACGGAAGACCCCAAAAAUAUUUGGUUAGCCGGGCAUUCCUUAGGUGCAGCUAUCGCAUUACAUACAGGAAAAAACAUGGCUAAACAUGGUUAUUGUUUAGAAACUUAUCUUUUCAACCCUCCAUACGCGUCUCCUUCUGUCGAAAAAAUCCAUAAUCGACAUUUGAGGAAUGGGGCGCGUUUGGCUGUUGGAAUUGUGAAAACGGGUCUUUCAAUCGCUUUAACUAGAAAAAAUAAACGUUCGGAAAAUGAUGGGAAUGACCCGUUUUCUACACUAAGAAGUUGGAUUCCGUGGUUGUUUGUGAACCCGGAAGAUCCAAUUUGUCGCGAUUAUAGUGGGUAUUUUGAGGAUCGGGGAAAAAGUAUGAACAAUUUAAAAAAUUCGUUGUUGAAUAUGGUGGUGGAUGCAUUAGGAAGGGAUGGUGAGGCACAUUUGAUUCCAUCAGCGGUCGUUAUUAAGAAUAUGAAGAAUACAAUUGUUAAGGAAAAUGGUCUUAUAGCGGCUCAUGAACUUUGUCAAUGGUGGGAACAACAUUCUUGCUGGCAUUAUAAGCUUUACAAACAUAAUUGA